AUGGCAACAGGAUCAUUAGCUGGCCGAGUCGCGCUUGUUACAGGAGGAUCAAGAGGUAUUGGCAAAGGUAUUGCUCUUGAAUUGGGAGGUGCUGGUGCUCUUGUUUAUGUCACAGGUCGUACCAUGACAUCCACAAAUGGUAAAAGUGGAAGUUUAGAAGAAACUGCUGAAGCUAUUCGAAGUCGCGGUGGUCAGUGUGUUCCUGUAUGUGUGGAUCAUGAAAAUCCAAGUGAAGUUGAAGCGUUAUUCGAACGUAUCAAGAACGAACAGGAUGGUCGAUUGGAUAUUUUAGUUAAUAAUGCUUAUAAAGGAGUUGAGCGUUUAUUAUCUGUUUCCGGUAAACCAUUUUGGGAAGAUGAUCCAGAUGUAUUCGAUGAAAUUAACAAUGUUGGUUUACGCAAUCAUUAUUAUUGUUCAGUUUAUGCUGCUCGAUUGAUGGUUCCUCGAAAGCAAGGUUUAAUUGUAUUUAUAUCUUCGGCAGGUGGUCUUCGUUAUUUAUUCAAUGUAGCCUAUGGCGUUGGAAAAGCUGCUUGUGAUCGUAUGGCUGCAGAUACUGCAUUUGAAUUAAGGAAACAAAAUAUUGCUUCCAUUGCAAUUUGGCCAGGCCCGGUUGAGACAGAAGUUAUUCAAGCAUCAGAAAACGGAGCUGGAUUUCGUAAGAUGGUCAAGGAUUUCGGUAAAGCAGAAUCUACAGAAUAUGCUGGCCGUAUCAUCGUUCAUCUAGCACAAAAUCCAUCAGUAAUGCAAUAUUCAGGGAAAAUAGUUACAACAGUUGACUAUGGUACAACUUAUGGUAUAGUUGAUAAAGAUGGUGCGUAUCCAAGCAACAUGCGAUGGAUCGGUCGAUAUCUUCGAUAUGUACCAGGUUUAAGUUGGUUAUCUGACUGGAUUCCUGGCUGUGUCAAAAUACCUUUUUGGUUGUUACAUCAAGCUAGCAAUAAAUUUUAA